GAGUGGUGAAAACUUUUUUCAUAGAGCUGCAACUGCAAAGGGAUUCACACUGUUCCUCAGUUACAAAGAACACUUGACAAGCCGUACUUGCUCUCUUGACAACCGAAAACAGCACAACUGAAACUUGCAAAACAUCAGUAUUUAUGUAGGAACAACUGCAAAUAUAGACCAUGGAGGAAAAAAGAAACCUAUAAAAUUAUUUGAUUUUGCCAAAAGAGUAUCUAGGAAAGGGGUGAGCAAAACACAUGAUGGAGAAGUAAAUACACAUAUAAAGAGAGAAGACAGUAAGUGUCUGACAAGCUGCAGAUGGAGAAAAAAAAUGAAUAAAAUAUUGAACACAAACUCCUAAGGAUCUAUGCUGGAUAAAAAGAACAGCUAAUUUCAAGAAAAAAGUUAGACGUCAGUCUCCCAAUUGAAUAAACAUGGGUGAUUGGAGCUUCCUAGGAGAAUUCCUUGAAGAAGUCCAUAAACAUUCAACAGUAGUGGGAAAAGUCUGGCUGUCUGUCCUUUUUAUCUUCCGGAUGCUUGUCCUGGGCACAGCUGCAGAAUCUUCCUGGGGAGAUGAACAGUCCGAUUUCAAAUGUGACACCCAGCAACCCGGUUGUGAGAAUGUUUGCUAUGACAAAGCUUUCCCAAUCUCCCACAUCAGGUAUUGGGUCCUUCAGAUUAUCUUUGUCUCCACACCAUCCCUGUUAUACAUGGGUCAUGCAAUGCAUACCGUCCGUAUGCAGGAGAAGAGGAAACUUAAGGAGACCAAGGAAGAAGCAAGGACAAUCCAGAACAAGUGUGACUCUUUUUCCCAGCAGGAUUACCCAGCACCAGAGAAGAUAGAGCUGUCCUGCUGGGAUGAACCCAGUGGGAGAAUAAUUCUUCGGGGCACUUUGCUGAAUACCUAUGUCUGCAGUAUUUUAAUCCGUACCACCAUGGAGGUUGCUUUCAUUGUUGGGCAAUAUAUGCUCUAUGGAAUCUUUCUGGAGACCCUCUAUGUCUGUCACCGGCAGCCCUGUCCUAAUCCAGUCAACUGUUAUAUCUCUCGGCCGACAGAAAAGAACAUCUUUAUCAUUUUCAUGCUUGUGGUAGCAUCCUUCUCUCUCUUCUUAAGCCUGGCUGAACUGUAUCACUUAGGAUGGAAGAAAACUAAGCACACCUUCUCUCAGAAAAUCAGCCCUACACCAGCAAUUGGCAAACUGGAGGGAGACUCUCAAGUGAAGACAGAUGAAAACUGCACCCCUCCUCCAGAUUUUAAUCAGUGUUUAGCCAACCCUACAGGGAAGUAUAUCAGCCCCUUCAGUAACAAAAUGGCCUCUGAACAAAACACGGUCAACUUUGCAACAGAGGGGGUCCACAAUCCAGAUGAUUCAGGUGGAGAAGCCCCCUUUAUCCAACUAAACUACAUGCAACAUCCAGAAGCCACUGUAAAUUCUGCACCAAAUCUGAUACCAAAUGGAUACUUUCAGAACAAACGCAGACUCAGCAAAACUAGCCACACAAGCAGUAAGGCAAGGUCUGACGAUUUGUCAGUGUGAGGUGCUUCUAGUGGAGCUAGAAGAAGGGAAGAAGUUGUUACGGCAAAUGCCUGUAGUUAAAUUUUUGAAAUCUUGUCAGUCUAAACUCUGGAUCAAUUAGCUUAUGAAUUCACGCUUAGCUGACAUAUUCCAAAAUGUUUCUUUGCAUGCUCUGAACCCAUUACUGUUCCAAAAUAAAAACUGUUUCAUUUCAAAACAGCAAAGUAACUUUAGCAGUUACAUGGUGUUCUUAUACUUCAGAUGAUUAUCUCAUUAUCCAGCACUAUAAAACAGUAUAAUCAUUGCAAUUUCUCCAAGAACCUUGGAAAUUAUAGUUUGGGAACAAUGCUGAGGAGUCUCUGUUCCAAGCCCUUGCACAGAAUUACAAUUCUCAAGAAUCCUUGAUUGGACAAAGGAAAGGAGUAAAUUAUAAUUCUGAAGAAAAACUCAGGGCAUUUCCACAAUCCUCUGUGGGAUUGGCUCCAAGUGGAAUGGAUUCAUGCUGUAAUCUCUUUUUGUGAAUUGAGUCAGGUUAUUUAUGACUCUUCUCAGGUGUAUUUAAAACUUUUGAAUUUUUUUUUGUUUUAGAUCACAGAGGUUCUGCAGACUUUCUGGGCAGUCUGUUUUCUCACUUGUGAUAACUAUUGUCUUAACCUUCCUCUCAGUUCCUGGGCUCAGGUUAGCUAUUAUUACCAAUCUUCACAGAAGUUCAACCUUCACUGACCUUGACUCUUCUCUAUCCAUUAUUCUUUAUGCCUUUCCACCAUAGUCUUCUUACAAGCAUGGAUACAGUUAUUGGAAAAAGUCAGAAAGAAAUUUAACAAGUGAUGGGGACAUUUAAAUACAAAAAUGGAACAGUGGCAGAAUAGAUAAGAAGUCUUUGAACAACUUCAGAUGUUUUGCUUACUUUCUUUUUCUUUUGAUUGAACUUUGCUGCUUCAGCUUCCCACCAUUGCUGUUUUUCAGAUUGUUUUGCCAGCACAUAAACCCAUAUUCUAAAAACACAUGGAUAAAAGGACAGUAACAAUUUCUGAGAUUUCAUCUUUGUGUGGAAAGAGGUGAGGGGAUUCCAUUAUUCCGCAGCUGACAGCAAUUCAGGAAAUGGAGCAGUUGAAUUACAUUUGAUAUUCUCAUUUUGAUAAACUAGAGGAUGAGCAUUGACUGACUCGUGGGGGUUCCUCCAUUUUCUGAGUUUCAAAGACAACUAAUGUGAAGACAAUAGAUCAGAUUGAAAAGGCUUCGUGACGGAUUUGGGGGAGGACUGUGUGGGAAUGUUACUGAGUGGAAUUUGCAAACUAAAUUUACAGCGAGUAUCGUGUUGUGAGAUGUGUACAAAGGAGUUGAGGGGUGGGGUAUAUAGCACUAUUUUUUCUCUCCUUCGAGAUGAAGCUCAAGCACUGGCUUCCCAAAUCUUGGUGUAACUUCAAAUUCUUAUAGUGCAAACAUGGGGCCAAGGCCUCUCCACAUCUCUUAAAAUCAUUGGACCAUUUGAAACCAUAGCAUACCAACAAGCUAUCUCCCUUCUAGAAAACUAAAAUAUUGCUUUUUCUUUUUUUCUCAAAACUAUAUAGAAAACCAUGCUAGUACCAAUUAAAAUGCAAUGAAAUCUACUUGAAUUUUUGAUGUAUUUGUCUAUAAUAAAUCUUGAAUUCUGUAUGGCCUCAUAGUGUUAAACAUGCACCAGCUCAGGGGGACAGCAAUUAAAAAUACUUUGUUAUUUUAACAAAAAUAUUAAUAUAAAGUUUUCUUCUGAAAUUAAUACUCCUGUAUGAAACAUGAAUUAAUACUCUGUGGAACCCUAAUAAAUUGUGGUUUUUUUAAUAUGAUAUUCUCUAUCCAUUUUUAAGUUACUGCUGCUGGAAACAUAGUCACUAGGCCAAAAUACGUCAAGGAACAAAAAAGAAAACAAGAUCACAGAGGCAGACAAUCUUACCACAUCCAAACAUAAUGUUUCUCUUUAGUAAUUUUUUUCAGUAUGACGGUAUCAUAGGAAGACAGCUGUUAAUUAUGCUGUAACAUCCACUGGAAAAUGGAGUUUAAUUUCAUUAAGUUUUGAAGAAAUUUAUUUACAGUUUCAGGUGUGGACUUUUUUCUCUCAACCAAAUUGUGUUAAGCCUACUCUGAAGACUUACUGCAAUUUUUUAGCUAAUAGCCAAAAAUAUUCUAUUAAUUUUCAGCAGUUAGAAGUGGAAUUUUAUGGGCAUGACCCUGUUGAGGCCAGAGAAUGCCUAAAAAGUUGGCUGGAUCUCUUUAAGAAGUUAACAGAUCAAAGUCAGUUCUGGUUGUUGCUGCAUAAUUGCUGUGCUGAAAUAGGUAAGCAAGAGACACUGGUGGAAAAUGAGAACUGGGGUAGCACCAGGAGGCAUUGUCAGGCAAUUUAAGAAGUCAAGAAAAUAUUUAAUCAACCAAAUCAGAAGAUUCUUGUUCAGGAGUUGGAAAGUGACUGAAAGAUAAACAAUUUUUAUAGCAAUUUUAGUCUAAUCUAAAUUCAUGCAACAUCUACAGGAAAUACAAUCCUCAUGUAAUAGUAUGUUUCUGCAGCUUUGGGAAGUAGAAACACCUGUUCCUGGCCUUGAGACAUUUAACUUCAAGCUGCAAAGGGGCUAGAAAUAUUUGAAUUUAUUUACAUGAAGCCAAAGGCUCUGCUUCUCUUCCUACGAUUUUCUAAGAACAUCUUCUAAGAACAUUUGAGUCACUUUUACUUGUUAAGCCACUCACACAUGACUAUUUUGAUUGGGAUUAUUUUUUAAUAUGGGAUAUUAAGUCAAAUAUGGUUGCUACAUUUUCCUUUAACAAGCCUGUGAACCCUGUAAUUUAGGGUAGAUGUUCCACCCAAUAUCACACAAUCAAGGUUUAAUUCGCUCAUUUGAACCAGAAUAAUUUAAGCAUCAAACGGAUAGAGAACUAAGUGAAGGAAAUUCAUUUCAUUUCCCAGUUGUCACAAUGUGUUCUACUUCAUUUUCCAAAAUAUUUGUUUAACUCAGUAUCAUAUAUGGUGUACCAAUGAUUGAAGAGAUAGGAAAUUAAUGCUCUCGCUGUUUUCAAGGCAAGUAAGUAUUUUCUCCUGUUUCUGGGAAGGAAACUAAGGGCACUGGGAGUAUGUUUUUGUGUUAAAGGACUUGAUAGAAGACUGAAAAUGUUUGUCUUUAAGCUACCUUUCUUUGUGGUCUACUUUCCUCUGUAAUGUAAACCCAAGAUGAGAGGAUGCAUGUUAUCUUUGAUUAUGUACUAUGCUUGUUAUGUUUUAAUAAAGUUUGGGUUAAAACUUG